CAUUGUCUAAAAUAAAGCGGGAAAUACUUAUACAUAUCGCCUUAUAAACAAAGAUGAGCCGUUCAAGCAAAAUGUUUGGCGAUAAUGCCUUCGAUUUACUAAAGGAUCUUAAACGAUCGGCACAAACUAUACCCGCCUUUGAAGAUGAUGGCGUACGUCAGGUAUUGGAGGAGAUAAAGGCUAUUUUCGAGGAGAAUGUGGCACAGGCGUCUAGCUAUAACAGCUCUGGAGAUCGCAGCUUGUGGCCCCUUCUUAACUAUAGACACGCGGCUCUUCAGCGAAAUAAGCGCUGUCUCCUGGCUUACCUCUAUGAGCGAAUGCAGCGUAUCAAAGCCAUGCGAUGGGAGUUCGGUCCAAUUAUACCCAGUGAUAUUAAACCGGCACUUUGUGAGCCAGAAGUGCAAUUUUUCAACAACUAUUCCAAGUCUUUAGCUUCAUAUAUGCGUUCCGUUGGCGAUGGGCAAGGCAUUGACUUGACUGGCAACUUACGCCCGCCAAAAUCUCUAUAUAUCGAGGUGCGUUGCGUAGAGAACUAUGGCAAGUUUGAGUUGGAUGAUGGCGAGGUUGUACAUUUGAAGAAGAAUAGUCAGCAUUACUUGCCCCGCGCACAGGUAGAGCCACUGGUACGCCAGGGCAUUCUACAGCACAUAGCUUAAGGUAUAAAUCCAAGAAUAAAAUAAGACAUACAUA